AUGAGUGCUGCGAAUAAUAUGACUUCUAUUGUGGAAAAAAUAGCGAAGACCAUCCCUUUAGCUGAGUACGAUGUGGAUUACGGCGAAGGCAAUGAAAAAGGGGAAGGAUAUUUGGGCGAAAUGUCGUUUGUUAAAAUAACACCAAAGGGAAAUGGAAAGACCUACAACAUUGCAAUUAAACGGGCUUUCACCAAUAAACCAGUCCGAGAAGAAAUGCCCAUCAGAGAGGUGUUUUUAAAUGAAGUUUAUUUCUACAAAGAGUGCUAUCCUGUUUUGCAGCAAUUACAAAGUGAGUUGGAUUUACCAAAAUUUAAUAAUGCCCCUAAAUGUUUCUACACAAGCACGGAACCCGAAAACGAAUAUAUCGCAAUGGAAAAUUUAAAAGCAUCAGGCUUCGAGCUGUUUCCCAAAGAAAAAAUUGUACCUUACAACCAUAUCGAAUUUAUUUUCAAAAUCUACGCUAAUCUACAUGCAACAUUCUUUGUAUUAGGAAAAACCAAACCGGAAAAGUUCGAAAAAUUCGCUUCAAAUUUUAAAGAACUCUCCAAACAAUUCUUCAGAAACUGUGCUUUUAAAAAUGCAUGGAAUAGUAUGAUCAGACAGACAGUGGAAAAAUUAAUACCUGGCCAGGACGACAAAGCUAUAGAAGUUUAUAAAAAAAAGUAUUGCAACAACGCACUUUCCGUUUUUAUGGAAUCUUGGGCAUAUAAUGGUAAACACCCUGUCAUAAAUCAUGGAGACUGUUGGAGCAACAAUAUGAUGUUUAAAUAUAAUGAACAAAGGAAACUCAUAGACCUAAAGAUAUUAGACUGGCAGCUAGUAAAGGUGGGUUCCCCAGUCCAUGAUUUAUCGUACUGCCUGUACUCAGGAGGUUCAAAGGACACUUUCGAUAGACUGGACGACCUUCUCCAAGUCUACUACAAAAGUUUUAGUGAUGUUUUGAGAAAGGCAGGCCUGAAUUCCGAAGAAGUCUACCCGUCUUCUUUGCUGAAAGAAGAAUGGAAAGAAUAUUGCAAUUAUGGUUGGAUCAUGAGCUUAACGGUAUUAAGAUUUAAGUUAACAGAUCAAGAGGACAAAGUUGAUUUAAUGGAUAUGACUAACAGUGAUAAUAAGGAAGAAAUGGCUAAAAAAAUGUUGGAAGGAAAACCUUCCGAAGAAUACGAUAGAAGAGUAAGGGAAUUGCUUCUUCACGUACACGAAAUUGGAGCAUUAUAA